GGGAAGGGUCUGACCAGAGGGUGAGCUGGGCUUGGAGUUCUAGCCAGGUCUUCAAAGACCCUCUAAUUCUGUCACCUACCUUCAAUCAGUACAUCUUGGGUGGAGAACAGAGGCUUUAAGCCAAAGAGGAAGUGGUAGGAUAGGGGGAGGAGAAAUGAGCAUUCUCUUACUUCACUUUCCUCUGGGACUUUCUCAGACCUCAGCCCUGACCUUAGGAGGCAAGAGAUCAGUCUCUGAGAGCCUUUACCUAGUUCAGUGCAGGGCCUAGACUCACAGCCUGUAGCUGGAGGAUCCACAGGACCACACAGGCCUGGCCUCUUGUCCACAGAGGUCUCUGCCUUCCUCAGCAGUUCCUGCAGGACUGGCUGUGGUGUCUCCUGAGUCCUGCCCAGGACUGCUCUCCUCUCUUCAGAGCACCCCUCCUUUCUUGCUCCCCAUCCCAGCUCAGGAGGACUGACUGAUGGCCUGGGAGGCCACAUACCUGCUCUACCCAGGGCUGCUGCUGCUCCUGGCCUCAGGCUCCUGGGCACAGGACCCAGAGAUACUUCGAACACUGGAAGGCAAGACUGUUUCUGUGGACUGCUCAUAUGAUCCCAGCUACAUCUCCAGUGAGAAGAUCUGGUGUAAGAAAGUAUCAGAAAAGUUUUGUCAACCCCCAGUGCGGCGUGACCACACAGGUGCCGAGAAGCUAAGAUUCUCCAUCCAGCAAUCUCCUUGGUUCAGCUUCUUCACUGUCACCAUGACUGAGCUCAAGAUGCGUGACUCAGGGACCUAUUACUGUGGGAUCCUUGGAAAUUUCGGCAAAGUCAUUAUUCUCAGGACUCUCCGCCUGGAGGUGUCAGCAGCCCCACACACAACCACCCAGAUGGCAACAGCCCUGGCCUCUACCCACAGCCCUGUCACUGACAGCUCUCCGGAUAACCCGAUGUGGAAGGUCCUCAUUGCCGGGGUGGUUGUGGCUAUUCUGCUACUGCUCGGACUUACCAUCCUUGUGUUCCUGUACCUGAGGAAAGCUCGGGGGAAGGCCCAGAACGUUCAGGAUAAGUGUCAACCUAUCUAUGAAGACUUUUCAGGCCAGAAGGAGGAGACCACUAGCUUCAAUCAGCAGGUCCUCUCCAACGAGGACACUGGGAGCAUCUGCUACGCCUCUCUCAUCCACCUAAACCACGUGAGCCCUCAGGACGCCAUCUACAGCAACACUCAGCCCUACCUGAAGCCCUCUCCUGACCCGCUUCUGUCUGUGGAAUAUGCUAGCAUCUCUAGAAACAGACUUGGGUCUCCCAAGUCAGGCCCAAGAGGUAGAGACCAGGAGCUGAGGGCUGAGCUCCCAGGGCAGUGA